AUGGAGGACAACGGCGAUGCGGGCACUGCGCCUUCGGACCUAGCAACCCCGAAGCAACCAGCGAAGAGAGACGCCUUCGCUGAGCUCCUCUCCCCUAAAAACAAACAACCAAAACACGAAAAGCAAAGCCUCGUAAAGGACAUUCAGAAGAAAGCCUACGGGACCUUCCGUCCCCGAGAUGCUCUCGGCGCGUACAUUGCGAAACCAGAGACAUAUCCACCUAAUGUAGUGGUAUACCACAAUGCGGACUUUGUCGUCAUUCACGACCUUUUCCCUAAAUCUACGCUGCACCUCCUUCUCCUUCCGCGCGACGCAACGAAAACGCUUGUCCAUCCCAUUGAGGCGUUCGACGACCCAGAGUUUCUUGCAAAAGUGAAAGGGGAAGCGAAGAAGGUCUGCGCUCUGGCUGCGGGGGAACUCCGGCGGAAAUACGGGAAAUACUCGUUGCGUGACAGGGAAAGGGAAAAAGCGCUCGAUGCGGAUCCGCCGCCGGAGAGUCUGCCUGCUGGGAGAGACUGGGGUAAAGAGAUCAUGUGCGGCAUCCAUGCGCAUCCGUCCAUGACGCAUUUGCACGUUCAUAUCAUCUCAGUGGAUCGAUAUAGCGAUCGGCUGAAGCACAGGAAGCAUUAUAAUAGCUUUUCCACGCCGUUUUUUGUCGAUAUCGACGACUUCCCUCUGGCUGUGGAUGACCCACGGAGGGACCCGGAUCGGCAAGGUUAUUUGCGGAAGAAUUUCAUCUGUUGGCGUUGCGGCCGGGACUUUGGGAAUCAGUUUACCCAUUUGAAGAAGCACCUCGAGGAAGAGUUCAAUGAGUGGAAACGACUGUGA